AUGAGCUUUCUCCCCUUAUUCAAGCCAAAGUCAAAGACCCCACACGAGCUGGUGAAAUCUGUAAAAGAUGCCAUUAAUAAAUUGGACGGUGUGGAUAAAAAGAAGGCAAGCGAAGACAUAUCGAAAAAUUUAUUAGCAAUGAAAAAUAUUCUUUAUGGCGAUGGAGACAGCGAACCAGUUCAGGAAACUGUCGCGCAAUUAGCGCAAGAAGUAUAUAACAACGAUAUUUUGCAACUACUCGUGCUUAACAUAUGGCGAUUUGAAUUCGAAGCAAAGAAAGAUGUUACGCAAAUAUUCAAUAACCUUUUAAGAAGGCAAAUUGGUUCAUUGACACCUACCGUCGACUAUUUAAAAAAUAAAGAAGAUAUCUUAUUUACUUUACUCAAGGGAUAUGAAAAUUCUGAAAUAGCACUCAAUUGUGGAUUGAUUCUUAGAGAAUGCCUCCGACACGAGUCGUUGACUAAAAUUAUUUUAUAUUCUCCUCAAUUUUAUAACUUUUUCGAGUAUGUAGAAUUGAGUACUUUUGACAUUGCAAGUGACGCAUUCGCCACAUUCAAGGAAAUAUUAACACGUCAUAAAACGUUAGUGGCUGAAUUUUUGGAUACAAAUUACGAUACGUUUUUCGAAUCAUAUACCAAAUUAUUGAAUUCGAGCAACUAUGUAACUAAGAGGCAAUCUUUGAAGUUACUCGGCGAAAUUUUAUUGGAUCGUUGCAAUUUCAAUGUAAUGACUCGAUAUAUCGCGAACGCGGAGAAUUUGAAAUUAAUGAUGACUUUACUGAAAGAUAAAAGUCGUAAUAUUCAAUUUGAAGCCUUUCAUGUAUUUAAGCAAAUCCAAACAAGAACAAAUCAAUCUCUGACAUUUUAUGGAAAAAAUAAGGAGAGACUAAUCCAAUUCCUGGGAAAUUUCCAUAACGAACGUCAUGAUGAUGAACAAUUUAACGAUGAGAAGGCAUUUCUACUUAGGCAAAUUCAAGAUUUGAAAGGUUCAAAUGAUUGA